CCAAGCCCAAAAAUUAAAUAAAUGCAUGGCGCAAAGUUUAAAAAAAUGCUAGGAACUUCAAAUUUGGACCGAAUUUUGACGUUGACAUAUUUGCCAAGAGAGAGCUGAAAAUGAAAAAGGGUUUUGAUUCUGCAAUUCCAAUGUCUAAGGAUGAAAAAAUGUCCGAAAGUUUUGCGGAGAAGAGAAAAGUGAGCCCUCGCGCUGCAGAUAAGGAGAGUGCAAAAAAAUUAGCUGUUCCGGUGCUGCUCGAUCCCUCCAUCACCAGUAGAUUUCUUGAGGAUCCAUUCAUAUGCCGCUUUUGUGAUCAAUUGGCAGAAAACGAGUCUCUGGUUCAGACAGCAAAACAACUUUUGGAGGCACUGGAAAGUUCUACGACACUCGAAAAUGGCUCUCUCAAUGAUGCUGCAGUUAAGCAUUUCACUCUAGUGUGGAAAACGUGGAGAAACGAAUAUUUCAGGCUGGCGUUUAAUGAACUGAUUUGGGAGCGGGAAUCUGUUGUGAUCACUGUCAUAGAAGAACUUUCCAAUGUAGUUGAAGAUGAAGAUAUUGGACAACGGAUGUGUCGUAUGAGGGAACAUAAGCCUUUCAAACUCAUUCUAAAAGCCACCAACCCUCCUGCUACAAUGAUAAAGGGGCUUUUAAUUAUUGUAAUCGGGUAUUGGAGUUACAAAAUGCUGCCUGGGGAGUUAGAUAAUAUACCAGAAGAAAAUAUAGUUGAUACGGUAGAAGAAAAGGCUGACGAUGACGAAGACGAAAACGUCCGGUGGGAUCGUUUCGAGGAAGAAUUGAAGUGGAUCGAGGAGCAUCAAUCUCCUAUAGAAGUUGUUGAUCGAGAACCAGGUAUCGACGACUUAGCGGAGGACUUAAAAGCAGAUCCAUCCCUUUCUGAAAAGGCACUACAAUGUAUGGCAGCCCUUAACAGUUUUGAUCCUCAAGAUGCUCGCACCUUAUAUUCUGUGAACCAACAUUAUAAUCUAGCAUAUGAGGUCCUGGAUGAUUCCCACUUCAUUCAUCUACUUGCCGAGAGAACUAAGAGGCACACUGAAGUCCGCGUAGAACUACGCAAAUAUGCGUUUGAGCGAGAAAAGAUCCAAAGUAAGGAUGCACUGGCGGUAGUUUAUAAUAUUAUUAAGGAUCCUGGGUUCCAUCUUUAUGCGAAACGAAUUGAAAAGAAUGACGUUGGUGGAGCCCUGAGGAUUUUUCUGAGUAUCUUAAUUGUUUAUUGGAGUCAUAAUUCGGUAUAUGAGAAGUUAACCGAGAAAUUUGUCGAGUAUGCUCGAGAGCAAUCAGCACUAAUUACUUACCUUAGGAAUGCUCGGGGCAAUGACAAGACAUCGGGUGAAAUUAGAUAUAGCACCAGGUUUGCCGGUGACUUGGAGGGUUUGAAGGCAGCAUUACAUAAGCUAUAUGAUGAUAGAGCUUGUACGCACAUUUUUAAUGAGCUUAAGAUUAGGCAAUACAGAAGUGAGAUCGAGGCUAGACGGCUGAAUUAUGAUGUGAAGUUGAAUACCGUCGUGACUGACCCGAUCGGAAGCAGAAGGCGUCGGCGCUCGGAUGGUCUUUGGUGGACAUCAAGGCGGUGCUUUGAGAUUUUGGACAAGUGCUUCUUAAUCGUAGCUGAGGGACUAAAGUUUUGGGCCGAAGAUUCAAGAAAACUUUUGUUGUACUGAUUGGCGUGGAAGUUUUGAAGAGAAUAUGGGAAUUUGUUUUGACCACUGUCAUAGAACAACUUUCUAAUGGGGUUGAAGAUGAAGAUAUUGGACAAAGGAUGUGUCAUAUAAAGGGAUAUCAACAUUUGAAACACAUUGUGGAAAUCACCUAUCCUCAUGCUACAAUGAUGAAGGUUAUUCGGGUAUUGGAGUUACAAAGAGCUGCCUGUUAAGUCAGAUAAAGAUAUUUAAUGGGAUUUACUAGAAGAAAACGAAGGUGACAUUCGGAUGUGGGAGGUGGAGCAUUGCUCUCCUAUCGAAGUCCUUGAUCAUGUAUGUAAACUUCUCUUUUAUUAUUGGUGUGUGUAGAGUGGUGGCAUUUUGUUCUUGGUUAGCAUCACAAAGAAUAAUAUUCAUAUGUAGCUUACGCGUCGAAUGAUCUUGUUUGAUGACCUUAUUCGCAUUUGAUCAAUAUUAAAAAUACAAAUAUAUAAUAAACAAACUCGAUCUCCGAAUUUCCCGUGUGAAGAGGUUAUUUUUGCUUCGACAUGUAAAUUUAAAGUAGAAAAGAGUAUAUACUCUGUUGUGACUUGUGAAUUGAAUUAUAGUUGUGAAAUGAAUUUGUACUAUUUUGAUGUACGCAUCAACAGAAAAAUAUACAUCUACAAGAAUAC